AUGAUGAAGCAUCACCACCAACAAAAUGACUCGAAUUAUCAUAGCGAAGCAACAAUUACUCCAACUGUUUGUUCUAUCGCUGUUUCGCUUUGUCCAGACUUUGAACACGAAAUCUCAACUGAUAAUUCCAAUAAUAAAUGUGCUUCACCGCCACCAAUGGAACAACCUCCAACACCCCAUUCACCAACUCCACCUCCGGAAUCACAGCCACCACCUCUCUCACAUCAGCCUGAAGAACUGCAACUGCAACGACAACCACUGGAUGAUCAAGUUGUUCCACCAGAACUUAACAAUCUCGGUCUCUUUACACCAGUUGACGAAUUAGACCAAAAAUACGAAAUACCAUAUUACAAUACUCACUCGGAUACUUUAACUUAUUCGGCUACUUCAAUGAUAGAGCCAUUCACGAUACCGGACACUCAUUAUUAUUAUUUUCCACCACAGCAUCAGGAUCACCACCUUCAGCACCACCCACACGAACAUCAACAGACUAAUCGUAAUGGUUUUUCGGGUGAACAUAGUUGUAUAUCAUCGAAUGAUCUUCCGGGCAUGAAUGAUAGUUUCUCGUCAAUUACGAAUUCCCCCGAGUUCCAUAUUAAAUUGGAAUCUCAGCAUUCGAUUUUCGAGAAUGAUUAUAAUGUCACGUUAGCGUUAUCCAAAGAUAUGUCAAUUCCGCAUUUUUCAUAUCCGCAAGAUGAGUCGCAACUAUUUACGACAAUGGCAGAAUGUUUCCCAAUGCAAACAAACGUUGAAGACAUACAAUCUUACGUUAAUGGUCUCUCGUCUCCAGACCUCUCGCAACAUUCAAAAUUCUCGCCACAUUCCACUUUCUCUCCUUUAUCACCAUUGUCACCACUCGAUGAACAGAAUUCCUUAUUUGAUUUCGACACGAAGCUUUUCUCGCAUGAUAUGCCUCCUCAAUUGGACAGUAGAGACUUCUUCGCGAGUGAUUCAUUCGUGAACAAUAAAUCUUUUGAUGAAACUUUAUUCCUUCGAAAAUUUGCUGGCGCUCCAAUAAAACAUGAAAACGAAACGCAUGUUUAUCGUCGCAACAAGUCAUCACAACAACAUGCGCCAUAUCCUACCCCCUCGCCAACGAACUCUGAUAUUUCACAACGGCUUCACAUUGAAACAGCUUUGGCGCCGCCACCAGCAAAACCAUCACGAAGGACCACAAAAUCAGCUGCACCUUUCGCCUGUCCACAUGAACAUUGUCCGAAAACUUUCACGCGUCAAUACAAUCUGAAAUCGCAUCUUCGUACACACACCGAUGAACGACCCUUCGUUUGCAAUUAUCCCGGUUGUCCGCGUGCCUUUGCCCGACAACAUGAUCUUAAGAGACAUCAGAAAUUGCAUUUAGGAUUGAAACCACAUGUAUGUACGAAUUGUGGACGUGCAUUUGCGAGAUUGGAUGCGCUUAAUCGUCAUUUACGAAGUGAUAAUGCUGCUCAGUGUGCUCAAGCAACUUUGGCUGGUGCUAUGGGAAUAGGAGGGAUGUUUGCCGAUUUUUAUACAAUCUCUAAUUUUGCAGACAUGACACAUGAAUAG